AUGCGGUCCCUCGGCAGGUCGUCCAGCAAAUGGACGGCUUUCUUUGGUGUACUGGCGGCACUGAGCUGCAUGAUCCAGCCUGCAGUCAUGGUUAAGGAAAAUGACUUCAAGAAGUGCCACCAGUCCGGGUUCUGCAAGCGCAACCGCGACUACGCCGACAACGCCGUCUCCCAGGCCUCGACCUGGGCUGCCCCUUACCGAAUUCUCGCCGACUCCGCCUCCCUCAAAGACGGCCAGCUCCAAGCUGUCAUUCUCAAGACGAUCAACGAUGCCCAGGAAACCGUCCGCCUCCCCAUUACCGUCUCCUUCCUCGAGUCCGGCACCGCCCGCGUGAGCGUCGACGAGGAGAAGCGCCAGAAGGGUGAAAUCCAGCUGCGUAACGACAGCCCUGCCCGCAAGGAGCGCUACAACGAGGCCGAGAAACACACCAUUGUCGGCGGGCUCAAUCUCGACAAGAACGCCAAGGUUGCCUAUCAGGACAAGGACCAGAUCACCGUCCAGUAUGGCCCGUCUUCCAAAUUCGAGGCUGUCAUCAAGUUCUCUCCCUUCAGCGUCGACUUCAAGCGCGAUGGCGCUUCCCACAUCAAACUCAACGACCGUGGCCUGCUCAACAUGGAGCACUGGCGCCCUAAGGUGGAUAAGCCUGCUGAGGAGAAGAAGGAGGGCGACGAGAGCACCGAGAAGACAGACGACGCCGCCGCCGCCGCCGUCGAGUCCACCGAAGUCAAGACGGAGGACGAGAGCACCUGGUGGGAUGAGACAUUCGGUGGUAACACCGACACCAAGCCCCGUGGCCCCGAGAGUGUCGCCCUCGACAUCUCUUUCGUCGGAUACGAGCACGUCUUCGGUAUCCCCGAGCAUGCUGGCCCGCUGUCCCUGAAGGAGACCCGAGGCGGUGAUGGCAAGUACAGCGAGCCGUACAGACUCUACAACGCCGACGUUUUCGAGUACAUCCUCGAUAGCCCAAUGACUUUGUACGGCUCCAUCCCUUUGAUGCAGGCGCACCGCAAGGACUCCACCGUCGGUGUCUUUUGGCUCAACGGCGCCGAGACCUGGAUUGACAUCACCAAGGACAAGACUUCUUCCAACCCCUUGGCCCUCGGCGUCGGCUCCAAGACCAACACCCAGACCCACUGGAUCUCUGAGUCUGGCAUUCUCGAUGUCUUCAUCUUCCUGGGUCCUUCUCCCAAAGACAUUUCCAAGAACUACGGAGAGCUCACCGGCACCACCGCCAUGCCUCAGGAGUUCGCGCUCGGCUACCACCAGUGCCGCUGGAACUACAUCUCUGAUGAUGAUGUCAAGGACGUUGACCGCAAGUUUGAUAAGUUCAAGAUUCCUUACGACGUCAUUUGGCUCGAUAUCGAGUACACCGAUGGCAAGAAGUACUUUACUUGGGAUGGCGACAUGUUCAAGGACCCUAUCGGCAUGGGCCAGGCCCUCGAUGAGCACGGAAGAAACCUCGUCGUCAUUAUUGAUCCCCAUAUUAAGAACGAGGGUAAAUACGACAUUACGGAGCAGAUGAACUCGAAGGGCCUUGCUGUCCUGAACAAGGAGGCCAAGACUUUCGAGGGUUGGUGCUGGCCUGGCUCGUCACACUGGGUCGACUGCUUCAACCCCAAGGCCAUUGAGUGGUGGAGCGGUCUUUUCAACUACGACGCCUUCAAGGGCACCAUGGAGAAUACCUUUAUCUGGAACGACAUGAACGAGCCGUCCGUCUUCAACGGUCCCGAGGUCACAAUGCCCAAGGACAACAUUCAUCACGGAGGCUGGGAGCACCGUGAUGUCCACAACAUCAAUGGCAUGACUUUCCACAACGCCACCUUCCAGGCGCUCCUUUCACGCAAGAAGGGCGAGCUCCGCAGGCCUUUUGUCCUCACCCGCUCCUUCUACGCCGGCUCUCAGCGUCUCGGCGCCAUGUGGACUGGAGACAACCAGGCCUCCUGGGAGCACCUUGGCGCUGCCGUUCCCAUGAUCUUGAACCAGGGUAUCUCCGGCUUCCCUUUUGCUGGCGCCGACGUUGGCGGCUUCUUCGGUAACCCCGAACCGGAGCUGAUGGCCCGUUGGUACCAGGGCGGUGCCUUUUACCCCUUCUUCCGCGGCCACGCCCACAUCGACGCCCGCCGCCGCGAGCCCUACAUGCUUGCGGAGCCGUUCCGAAGCAUCCUUACCGCCGCUCUCCGUCUCCGAUACAGCCUCAUGCCUUCGUGGUACACUGCUUUCUUCCACGCCCACAGAGACGGCAGCCCGAUCGUGCGCCCGAUGUUCUGGACCAAUCCCGAGGAAGAGUCUGGAUUCGCCAUCGACGACCAGCUGUUCGUUGGGUCGACCGGUCUGCUUCACAAACCCGUUGUCGAGAAGGACAAGGAGUCCGUCGACAUCUUCAUCCCUGAUGAUGAGGUUUACUACGACUACUUCACUUACGAGAAGCUCCCCACUAAGAAGGGCCAGUACUUGACCAAGGCCGUCGCUCUCGACCAGGUCGCGCUGCUCAUGCGAGGUGGCCAUAUCUUCCCACGCCGUGACCGUCCUCGUCGCUCUAGCAAGCUCAUGCGUUUUGACGACUACACGCUGGUCGUUAGUGUGAGCAAAGAUGGCAAGGCCGAGGGUGAGCUGUACGUCGACGACGGAGACUCUUACGAACACGAGAAGGGCCAGUACAUCUACCGCAGAUUCGAGCUUGCCGAUGGCGCCCUCACCUCCUCUGACGCCGAGGGCCGUGACACCAAAUCCAUCAAAGCUGGUUCUUGGCUCAAGGCCAUGAAGGAGGUUUACGUUGACAAGAUCGUCGUUGUUGGCGCGCCGGGCUCAUUGAGCAAGAAGGAGGUCACUGUCGAGUCAGAGGGCAAGACCUGGACCGUUCCCGUGCAGUACCAUGCCGCCGAGAAGGGCCGCGCCGCGUACGCCGUCGUGGGUAGAGUUGGAGCCCGCACCGGAGACGACUGGAGCAUCAAGUUGGCAUAG